AUGGCUUCUACAUUCGAUAUCACAAAAGAGUUCCAAGCAGAUCUCACGCUUGUCGACAUCACAAACGAGCGUACAAAUGAAGUGAUUCUCGAUGCACUUACCCAAUAUGUUCCUGUCACCUCAGAAAAGAAUGUCUGGGCCUAUUGGCAUGCCGGCGUCAAGGCCAUGCCCCAGUGGUGCCAGCACAAUGUUAUUGACUGGGUGCGCAUUCUUGGUUCCGAAUGGACCGUACGCGUUCUAGAUACAGUUCCUGGCUCGCCGAACCAUGUUCUUAACUUUGUCUCUGCUGAUCUUCUUCCGGAGACUUUUAUCAAGGGAACCAUGAAUGGCCUUUACACAGGACAGCAUUCAGCAGACUUUAUUCGUGGUGCUUUGCUCUACACUCAUGGCGGAGUGAAUAUGGAUGUGGGCUGCAUCUUAAUCAGACACCUGGAUCGAAUUUGUUGGGAUGAGCUUGAGGAUCCACAUUCACCUUACCAAGUUGCUGUGCCAAUAAUGUUUGGCCAAACCAUAGCAAACCAUUUUGUGGCAGCUCGUAGGGGUGAUCCGUUUAUCCAACGGUGGCAUCAGCUAUUCACACACAUUUGGAGAGGCCGCAAUAGCCAUGAGGGCAUCUCAGAUGACCCCCUCAUUGCAUUUUCAAAGGACAUUGGAUUUGAGCGGGCUUCUGAAGCCAACUUCACCUGGGACUUCAAAGUCUCCCCCUUGACUCUCAUGGAAUAUAUUGCUCAAGUUGUCUGCUGGCAACGGCUCUGUAUGCUUGAAGACGCUGGGGAUGGUAUUAGUUGCUCUGACUACUGGCAAAAGCAUAUCCUCUGCUGGGACGUCCAAGCUGAAAACUGGGGUGGUGAGAUGACUGUUGGGUUCGAUAGGGCGGGUCAGAAGAUGUACGACUUGCUAUCACUGAAGCGUGAUAUCGACCCAGAGUCUGAAGCGUAUAAAAAGGCAUCUGAGUUGGUGUGGCGACUCUUGACCAAAUCCAGCAUGCAAAAGAUUACUCAUGGCAAGAACUUGACCCAUUCCGUGCAUCUUGGGACUCUGUGGGAUGAGAACCCGGGCAAAGACUGCGAAGAAGGGACGUUUGGAGAAUUGCUGAGGUAUGGAACUGUGAGGUUUAGGCAGACAAGGGAGACUAUUGUGCGCAAGGAGGCAACUAAAGCGAAGGUUUUGCUUAAGAAGGGUGUUCUUGAGCCGUGA